AUGCGUGGGCGGGGCUUCUUAAGGGGGCGGGGCCCGGCUGUGGCCCGCGCGGCGGCGCACCCUGGCGCCCAGGCUUGGACCGCGCUCGGCCUGGCCUUGAGCCUGCGGCUGGCGCUGACGCGGAGCAGCUCCGAGGGCGGCCCCUCAGCAUCAGUCCCUCAGGGGGACCUGCUGUUGCUGUUGGACAGCUCGGCCAGCGUGUCUCACUACGAGUUCUCCCGAGUUCGGGAGUUUUUGGGGCAGCUGGUGACUCCACUGCCCCUGGGUCCUGGAGCCCUGCGUGUCAGCCUGGUACACGUGGGCAGCCAGCCGUACACCGAGUUCCCCUUCGGCCAUCACAGCUCAGGCGGGGCUGUCCAGGAUGCCAUACGUGUCGCGGCCCAGCGCAUGGGUGACACCAACACAGGCCUGGCCCUGGCCUAUGCCAAGGAGCAGCUGUUUGCUGAGGCAGCGGGUGCCCGGCCAGGGGUGCCCAAGGUACUGAUGUGGGUGACAGAUGGUGGCUCCAGCGACCCCGUGGGACCUCCAAUGCAGGAGUUAAAGGACCUGGGUGUCACCGUCUUCAUCGUCAGCACCGGACGAGGCAACCUGCUAGAGCUGUCAGCUGCUGCCUCUGCCCCUGCAGAGAAGCACCUACACUUUGUGGACGUGGACGACCUGCACAUCAUUGCCCAGGAGCUGAGGCGCUCUGUUCUUGAUGCCAUGCAGCCACAGCAGCUUCGAGCAUCUGAGGUUAUGUCUGAUGGCUUCCACCUGGCUUGGCCACCCCUGCUGACUGCGGAAUCUGGCUACUACGUGUUAGAACUGGUGCCCAGUGCUGAGCCCAGGGCUGUGAGACGCCAGCAGCUGCCAGGGAACACCACAAGCUGGACCUGGACUGGCCUUGACCCUGAUUCGGACUAUGACGUGACCUUAGUGCCUGAGUCUAAUGUGCACUUCGUGAGGCCCCAGCACUUGCGAGUGCACACACUGCCAGAUGAGGCCGGGCCAGAACGCAUCGUCAUUUCUCACGUCAGGCCUCGCAGCCUUCGCGUGAGCUGGUCCCCUGCCCUGGGCCCCGCCGCCGCGCUCGGCUAUCACGUGCAGCUCGGGCCGCUGCAGGGUGGCGCGGUGCAUCGUGUGGAGGUCCCCGCGGGCCGCAACAGCACCACACUGCAGGGCCUGGCACCCGCCACAGACUACUUGGUGACCGUGACGGCAGUCCUCCGCUCAGGCCGCGAGAAGGCGCUGUCGGCCAAAGCCUGCACGCCAGAUGGGGAGCGCAGCCGCGCACCGCGUCCUCGGCCUCCUGACGCCGGCGGCCGGGGGCCAUGAGCAAGCCGUCCUGGGGUAGUCGAGAGGGGCUCAGAGCUGCCGACCUGAGGGCCCUCUAGUCCCGAACCCGGUGGGGAAGGCGCGCCCGCCGCUGAAGCCAAGGUUUUACCCUGGGGGUUGGGGUGCCAGCCCUGCCUUUCCCCCGCAGGGACUGGUUUCUCCUCGC